AUGAAAUUACAUCCGGCUUCUGCCUUGUCACAACAUAUGCUGAACGAGAUUGUGGCUCUCGGAGAAGCUUCGCUAUGUGAAGCAUGUGCUGUCACCACCUUCAUCGAGACGAAAACUUCGUCGAGAUAUCAGAAGCAUUACGAGCAACUCUGCAGCAACCACCUUCGUAGAACUCAAAGGUUCCCCAGUGAAACGAAAUCGGUGGAGGAGGAGGUGGCGGCGGUGGUGGUGGUGGUGGCGGUGGAGGAGGAGCAACAACAACCACGACAGGAUGUGGUUGGACGAGGAAGGCUGGAAAUGUUUCCGUAUGAACGGGGAAGUAAUUUGCUUCAAUGGUUGGAAUAUGGAUGGAUUCAAGAAGUAAUCCAAAGAAGUAGUCGUGAAGAUUGCAAAAUAUACUUCACUUCAAGGGGCCAAACUUACCUCCAAUGGAUCAUAUACCAAAAAGUGGAUGCAUAUGCAAAGAAAUCAUCUGUCAACUAUUGUUCCAUGGUUCAUUUCAAACUAAUUUUUUAA